UCCCAAACAAAACAAAACACUUGAUACCAAUACCAUCAAAUCUUCAUAAUUUCCUCCAUAUAUUUCCUUUUAUUUAAUUUUCAGUUCUUAGCUUGCAACUCUGUCCACUUUUGGAUAUUGUGGAUUUUGCUUAAGAAAACCAAUAUUUUGCCUUUGAUAUUUCUCAAGAUGUCAACACAUUGUGUAAAAAUGAUCAAGAACUCCAACUUGUCUUUAAAGAUAAAAGAAGAAGAAGAAGAGGCAAUUGUGUCAAUUCUUGAUAAUGUUGAUUCCACUUCUUCAAAUGGAGAAGAAGAUCAUCAUGAGCAAUUGAUCAAAGAUCAACCAACCAAAACAUUUGAUUGGAGUUCAAUUUUAUCUUCUUCAAAGAAUGAAGAUUCAUCUAAUAUGCUAAUUCCAACUAGUCCUUAUGUUCAUCCGCUUGACAAAAGAUCAAUAAGUUCUUUGAGUGAAAAAAGUCUUGAAAUUUGCACUGAGAGCCUUGGAUCAGAGACUGGCUCUGGCUCUGAUUGUUUUCCCUCUUCACCUACUUCUAUGUAUGAAGACUCAGACGCUGACAAAGACAAUCAUCACCAUCACCAUCACCAGCAACAAUAUUCUGUUGUCUCAAAAUCCUCAGAGGAUUUUCAUGUUUAUAAUCAUAGCAAGAUAUCGAUAUCUUCUUGUAGAUCUUUUCCUCCAUCUCUUCCUUCUAUUCACAUGCAAUCACGCAGACAAAAUGGUAGAUUGAUUCUUGAAGCGGCUUUUGUUCCACCUAAGAAUAGUCUUCAUGCUCAACGCAUUGAUGGUCACCUUCUUCUCACCUUUAUCAAUCAAAACGAUUCGAAUCUAGAAAUGGAGAAAUCAUGUGAGGAUGAAGUUGAAGAGUUUGAGCAACUAUUCGAUGAUAUUCAAGAAGAGGAGGAUGAGAGCACUAUGAUGGAACAAAGUACAAGAUUGUCAAGUAAGAUGACAAAUGUGAACAAAGCUUCCAUGAUGAUCAUAGAGCAAAAGAAUCAACUAACAUGGUCUAAAUGUACUAUUAGUUUCAGCAUGACAUCUGAUUAUUUAUAUUUUAACAGCACGUACAUCAACUCAAUAAACUUGAUGACAGAAGAAGAGAAAAAUACUAGUAACAUCAGAGAAUGUUACACUUAUCCUUCAUCGGUUUCUCAACCACUACCUCCACCACGAGACGUGGCUGAGGUAAUCCUCGCACCACCACUGAUGGCGAAAACCUCAUUAAAUGCUUAUGAAUACUUUUGGAGGAAGAAACCAACCGUGGGAAAUAUUGUGAAUAAUUCCACUAUUACCAAGUACUACUACAAUAAUAAGCAAGUUGGUCUAGCACCAUUAGCUAAUGGUACUCAUACCAAAGCCACAAGUAUAACAAAGAUAGCAACAUGUACACAAGAAUUGGUGCUAAUUAGAGAGAAGAAGGCAUCAACUAUGAACAACAAUUUGGUGCCUUUUUUGAGAAGUUGCAAAGAGCCAAGGAGAUCUCUAGUAAUUUGGGAGCCUUAUUGCAUCGCCACCUCCUAAUGGUGAUCACUAUUAAUCCAAAGAAUUAAUCAAAUUAUUUGAUUAUAUAGUAUUAUAUGAUAUGAUAUAUAUUCUAUAUGUAUGUAUCUCAUUAGUCAUUACAAAUAUGAUUUUCCUCUCUUAGUUUUUUACUCUUUCGUCAAGAAAGAGUUUUGUAUAGCCAAAUAAAAAGAAGAGAGAGAUCAAAACAAAGAUUUAAUGGAGGUCAAGACAACCAUUUCAUCUUAUAUAUGAGCCUUUAAUAACUGUUCUAUUUUGUA